AUGGAAGCUAUGGAGAAGAGUAUGAUCGCACCAACGGAGCUCGACCCACCACUCGAUCGAGUCGAUGAGAAAUUGAGAAAAGAUGUCAAAUCGUUGAAUGAGAAGUUGGAUAAGCUUAUCUUAGCUCAGUCCACAAUGAAGAAAGUCAAUUUUGUGUCUGCUGAAGAGAUGGAACCAGUCCAAGAAGGGGAGGAUACACAAUUUGCUGAAGUGUGUUACAUGAGCAAUGGGCAAGGAGGCUUAACAAAGGAUACUAUUAAUUACAAGUCCAACCCAGCCAUGUCAUACCGAAACACUGAUGUUGCUAACCCUCAGGACCAGGUCUAUCCUCAACAACAGCAAGCUCGAUCGAGUCAAGCCCACAACAUGGGUAUGGUCAAAAAACAACUACCAAGGCCCUCAAGGGACUUUUCCUGGUCAGCAAAUGCACAUACCACCUGGCUUUCCCCACCAACCACCCCAGCCUGCACCUACACCUGA